UUAAAGCUCGCGACUCGACAUGUUAGCUACCUAGCAUUGAAAUUGCACAAGAUAGUCAAACUGGCUCAUUUUCCAGUUUAUAUCGCUUUAUAGCUUGCGAACUAGCUAGCUAUACCGAUACAUAGUUUAGUUGCGACAUAAAAGUUGCCUCAACUGAUCAGUAAUGUGGCUGUCUUGCUAAAAAGCCAGCUAGCAAAUCACCUCGCUGCUGACUGCAGUCAUUAAACCUGUCACGAGUGUUAGUUGCCUUGUGCUACAGGAGUACUGGAGCAUAGGCUGUGCAUGUUUUAAAAAACAAUGACAGAGGUAACGAACGAAGAGUUUGGUGUAAUACCCGGAAAAGGGAGAGUGGAGAAAUGGAGGUUAAAAUCUCAAAGUGUCACUGUAGAGAUAAUAUCACUUGGGUGCAUAAUAACCUCUAUAACGAGCAAAGGCAAGAAUGGUGAAAUCGAUGACAUCGUGCUAGGGUUUGACGACCUAGAAGGGUAUCUGACUAAUCCUAGAUACUUUGGAGCUGUCGUUGGACGGGUGGCCAAUCGGAUUGCCAAAGGGAAAUUUGUGAUCGAUGCGAAGGAGUAUCAGCUGGCCAUCAAUAACGGCCCCAAUGCCCUCCAUGGGGGACUGCGGGGCUUCGACAAGGCAAUCUGGGCAUGUGAGGGUGUCGCGAGCGGUGUGAGGCUGUCAUUGACCAGCCCGGACGGCGAGGAGGGCUAUCCAGGGGAGCUGCAGGCCACUGUCACCUACACCCUGGAGGGAGACACUCUGACCAUCCAGUACCACGCCCGUUCCAGCCAGACCACUCCCAUCAACCUCACCAACCAUUCCUAUUUCAACUUGGCUGGACAUGGCACCCCUGACAUAUACAAUCAUGAGGUCUCUAUUACAGCAGAUGCUUACCUGCCAGUGGAUGACACCAUGAUUCCCACAGGGGAGAUCAGACCAGUGGAGGGCACACCUUUCGACCUCCGGAGGCCUGUGCUGAUUGGACAACGUUUGAAGGAAGUGCCGGGACCUGGUUUCGACCACAAUUUCUGCCUGUGUUCUCCGGGGGAACCCAGCAAAGAACGAAUAUGUGCAAGGGUGCACCACCCCAAGAGCGGCCGGGUUCUGGAGGUGAGCACGACCCAGCCCGGUGUUCAGUUCUACACGGCAAACUUCCUGGACGGCAGCCUGAGGGGCAAGGGUGGAGCCACCUACCCCAAACACAGCUCCUUCUGCCUGGAGACCCAGAGCUGGCCCGAUGCCAUCAACAAGCCUCACUUCCCUGACGUGCUGCUGCGGCCGGGCGAGGAGUACAGCCACACCACACGCUUCACCUUCACCUGCACGGCCUGAGGACUGCAGGGAGGAGAUCUGCUUUCAAACCCUCUUUCACCCGUGCCUUGGACCAAUGCAGCAAUACCGGGGCUCUGUACUAAUCACAAAGACAUAACUCAUCACAACAGCAGUGUGAGUUUACUUCAUUGUUAAAUCUGAUUGGACAGUAAUCAAAAUGUAAAAUCAGCCAUGAAAACAAUUCUGUUUUGCUCAGCAAGUUAUGUGUACCUGUAUUUAAUGUGACACGUAAACGUGUUUCAAUGAUCAGCUCAGUGUUCGAAACUGUUUCAGGCCUCUCUCCUGUUCAGCCGAGCACAUCUGCAUAUUCCUCUCCCAACACGUCUAGUCUAAUUUAUGUUCACAUCCGCCUGGGCCAGACAGGUCAGCCGCAUUAGGUAGUUGACAUUGUGCCUUUGACUAAUGAGGCUAUUAAAAGACAUG